GACAGAGGGGCUGUACACUGUGUUCGAUAUGUCAGACAUAUUUGCAUACACCUAACUGAGCUACCUUGGCUUUGCAUGCAGAAGGUCACAGCACUAUGUCUGUAAAAUACAAUGUCCAUUGUUCCAAUUACUGAAGAGCAGAGGAAACAGCUGAUAGAAGAUAUCAGUUAUGACGAUGCCCAAAUGCAAAGCAAAAUUCAACAAGUGAAAGAAUGGAUGAAAAAACAACCACAUCUACCUCAACUUCCAGAUGAGAUGUCUGAAAAAAUUAUUUUUACAAUUCUGCUGGGAACUAAAAUGAGUACUGAGAGAACAAAGUACAAACUAGACACGUUUUACGCCAUGAGACACCAAUUUCCGGAAAUCUUUCUCAACAUAGACCCAACACUCAAAGAUGUCAGAGACAGUGUUGAUAAAAUACGAUAUUUCCCACUAUCAGAGAUGACAGAUGACGGUAAUAUAGUCAUUGUAUUAUCAUUCAAUCCCGACAAGAGCAGGAAGUGUACAACGAAAGACAUAAAGGCCCUGUUCAAGCGUACUGUUGCACUAAACGAUAUCUGGUUUCAACGAGGUGAAUUAUUUAGAGGGCAAUAUGUCCUGUUUGAUACGUCUGGACUGAGUGCAUCACACCUCACUGAGCUGCCUUGGCUCUUCAUGCGGAAAUUUGCAGCAUUUGGUCAGGAAGCCUUGCCCUUACGAAUCAAGGGGAUAUUUAUAGUGAACUGCCCCACCUUCUUUGAUAUCAUAUUAAAUGUGUUCAAACCCAUUCUAAAAGACAAAAUGAAGAAAAGGAUCCAAAUUUUCCACAACUAUGGUGACCUCUACAAAUACAUUCCUCAGAGAAUCCUCCCCGCAGACUACGGAGGUGAUGGUCUCACUGUUGAGGAAUCGAGCAGAGCUUGGCAGAAAACAAUUGAGUCAGUCCGAGAAUCUGUUAUUGAGGAAGGCAAACGAAUGACAGACGAAUCAAAACGACCAAGUGAUUCUGUUAAUGACUGUGGCCAAAUAUUCGGUGUUAAUGGAACUUUUAUCAAAUUAAACAUUGACUGAACA